AUGUCCCAAUCACCGCCAUCAAACACUGAAAACGAUACAUUCCUCUCGCGUGUCUUUGGACUCAAUUCCGUCUACAAUCAAGUCCAAAACUUUCCAUACUAUGACCCCGACACUUUUGGUGACUCUCAGAUGAGUCCCAAUCAUUCGAAUAUAAUACGAGAGGCUUCUCCCAUAAGAAAUCAAGACCCUUUUGCUGCACAAGAAGCUGGUCCUGAUAUUGAGUCUCUGUUACUACUAGGUCACUUGGAGGAGGAUGAUCCAUCCCGUCUGAAACUGCCUAAGCCUACAUUUGUUGCACCUCCUAACAAUGAAGAUCAUGGUAGAAGAUGGAUAGAUUCCGAACCAGAUGAUCUGGAUAAUUCAUCUGAUGAGUCAGGGGUUCCUGAUGAUGCAGUACUAUUACCCCACAAUCUGAUACGACUUCAAAACUUGGGAGGAGCGCCACCUUCAGCAGAAAAUGGCCGAGCUGAAGCGUCAGAAUCGUCCCGUCCUCCUACGGCGUUCAAAAUCAAAAUUAAAGAGCCAGCAUUACCAUUAUUCCACAAGCGAAACCCGCCUAAUGACCUAGAACAAGGACUUAACUCUGAAAACCCCGACACUCAACGUAUAUAUUUUGGUAGAGGCCGAGGUGGAGGCCGAGGAAGAGUUCUGGUUAUUCCACCAAGAGAAAGAGCGCUUUAUUUAUGGGCUAAUAUUACUAAUAUGGAUGAUUUUCUUGUCGAUCUCUACUACUAUUUUUUAGGGAAAGGUUUGGUCAACAUUAUUCUUAGUCGUGUUAUUGAUUUAUUGAUUUUGAUGUUUGUUCUUAGUUUGACUACUUUUCUUACUUGGGGUAUUGAUUACAGUAGCAUCACGGGGUUUGCCACCAAUGGUGGUGGUUCGGAUGUUUCACAUUCUCCUGGAGCUACUGCUGGAAUAAUCAGAUCGGUUACGUUAAAGGACAUUGUCAUCCAGAAUUGGUUUCAUGAUAUGGUCCCUGCUUCUAUUAAGGUGGCUUUAUUUGGGUUUAGUGUAUACCUUGUGCUUCGAUUUGUUCAAUUAUUCUUUGACUAUCGAUUCAAAUUGAAAGAGAUUCGUAACUUCUAUCAAUUUUUAUUAGGUAUAGAUGAUGAACAGGAGUUGAUGACAAUCUCUUGGACAACUAUAGUUGAAAGGUUAAUUUUAUUAAAGGACUACAAUUCGUUGACUUCUUUUGCUGGUCAUAAUUUUAAUGAAAGAGGAGGAAACUUCAAUAAUAAUGACCUUUCUUCCAAAGUGAGACUAAAUGCUCAUGAUAUUGCCAAUAGAAUUAUGCGUAAGGAGAACUAUAUGAUUGCAAUGAUCAAUAAGGACAUAUUGGAUAUGUGCCCUAUUGAUUUCCCUCCAGCGAUGAGAAAAUAUUUGAAUAAUACCAAUGUGUUGACGAAAACAUUGGAAUGGAACUUAAAAUUGUGUAUUAACAAUUUUGCUUUCAAUCAACAUGGUCAAAUUCAACCUCGGAUUCUUAAAGAUUAUAACCGCAAUCAAUUGGCAUCAGAAUUAAGCUCGAGGUUCAAAAUGGCUGCUAUAAUCAGCUUAAUUUUGAGUCCAUUUAUUACGGUGUAUUUUGUCUUACUUUAUUUCUUUAAGUACUUCAAUGAGUACAAGACAAACCCUAUUAACUUGUCAAACCUGCGUCAAUUUACCCCAUAUUCGGAAUGGAAAUUAAGGGAGUUCAAUGAGUUGCAUCAUUUUUUUAUUAAGAGAUUGAGAUUGUCUAUGGGUCCUUCAAUGACUUAUAUUAAUCAAUUCCCCAAGAGUUACUUGGUUCUCAAUGUCAUGUACUUGAUAAAUUUUAUUAGUGGGUCCUUAUUAGCUGUAUUGGUAAUUACAGGAAUAUUUGUUGAUGAUGAAGGGCAUAGUUUUUGGUCAUUUGAGUUAACAUCAGGAAGAUCUGCACUUUUCUACAUUAGUAUCUUAGGUACAGUAUGGGCAGUAACCAACACUCAAACAGCAAAUGUAACUGCAGCUUCUAGCUUUGCAAAUGUUACCUACAACAAUACAGCAAAUGAAAUGGAAGCACGCCAAGGAGAUUCUCCAAUGGUUUAUGAUCCUGAAGCUCAGUUACGUUAUGUAUCUCAGUUCACCCAUUACUUACCAAAGAAAUGGCUCGGGAAGUUACACACUGUACAAGUACGGAAUGAAUAUUGCUCAUUAUUCAGCUUGCAAAUUUACAUUAUAUUUAUGGAGAUCCUUUCAGUGAUCUUAACUCCGUGGAUCCUCUGGUUCAAAAUCAGCCAGUGUCUGGGAUCCAUUGUCGAUUUCUUCAGAGAGUACAGUGUUCAUGUGGAUGGUUUAGGGUACGUGUGCUACUUUGCCAUGUUUAACUUUGAAGAGAAAGACAAGAAUAUUAUGUACGAGCAGAAGAAGAAGCGGAAGAAUCGGAAACAAGCAAAGCAACAAACCAAACAGCAACAGCAACGGAAACAGAAACGUAAGCUUAGACAAAGUGACGAUAUUAAUCGUGACGACUUUUCAGAGAGUAGUGAUGAUCCUAAUGACUCAGAUAUGAAUUAUUAUCAAGAUGAUAAGAUGAUAAAGUCAUAUAUGCACUUUUUGGAAAGCUAUGGUACCUCGAAGCCUGGCAAUGCUACUACUACGAAUGUCAUUCCUACUAAGAAUACUACUCCUUCUACUACUACUAAGAAUAAUCAACCGUUCACAUCCAAGUCUCAAGGUGCUGCACCUGUACGUCGUCCUUAUGCUACCAUUGAUGAUGAUGCAAUGACAAGUUCAAUGUAUAAUUUCGAUGAAGGGUUCCCCCCAGACGAAGAUGAUGAUGAUACUGGAACUGGACCUCAUAGAAAAGGUAAAUCUGGAGUUCUUGGAAUGAUUAACCAGUUUUAUAAGAACGACUACAGAACUUAA